UCAAAAAAAUAAACUAGUAGCUCGCCAUCCGUCAUAAUGGCUUCUACUGGUGGAACCCUGGACUCUCCCGUGAAGCAGAUUCAGAUCGAUGGUUUGGUGGUGCUGAAGAUCAUCAAACACUACCAGGAAGAGGGCCAGGGCAGUGAAGUGGUUCAGGGCGUCUUGCUGGGCUUGGUGGUUGAUGACCGGUUGGAGAUCACCAACUGUUUCCCCUUCCCGCAGCACACUGAGGAUGAUGCAGAUUUUGAUGAAGUCCAGUACCAGAUGGAGAUGAUGCGUUCUCUGCGUCAUGUUAACAUCGACCAUCUGCAUGUGGGAUGGUACCAAUCCACCUACUAUGGUUCCUUUGUCAGCAGAGCCUUGCUGGACUCACAGUUCAGCUACCAGCAUGCCAUUGAGGAGUCUGUUGUGCUUAUAUAUGACCCAAUAAAGACGGCCCAAGGAUCGCUGUCUCUGAAGGCUUACAGGCUGACUCCAAAACUAAUGGAGAUUUGCAAGGAGAAAGAUUUCACACCUGAAGGAUUGAAGAAGGCUAACAUUGGCUUUGAUCACAUGUUCGAGGAGGUUCCCAUUGUCAUCAAAAAUUCUCAUCUUAUCAAUGUACUGAUGUGGGAGCUGGAGGACAAGUCCACAGUCGCUGACAAACACGAACUACUCAACCUCUCCAGCAGUAACCAUUUGGAGAAGAGCCUUCAGCUCCUGAUGGACAGGGUGGAUGACAUGAACCAAGACAUAGUCAAGUACAACACCUACAGCCGAAAUCUGAGCAAACAGCAGCAGCAGAAGCACCAGUACCUCCAAAGGCGACAGCAGGAAAACGUCCAGCGACAGAGCAGAGGAGAGGCACCCUUGCCUGAAGAGGAUAUCAGCAAAAUGUUCAAGCCUCCUCAGCCCCCACCUCGCAUGGACACACUUCUUAUUGCAGGGCAAAUUAACAACUAUUGCCAGAACGUGAAGGAAUUCACCUCUCAGAACCUUGGGAAGCUGUUCAUGGCGGAGGCUCUCCAAGGCCACAACUAG